AUGAUCCUCGCCACCAUCAUCGCCAACUGUAUCGUCCUGGCCCUGGAGCAGCACCUGCCUGGAGAGGACAAGACCCCCAUGUCUAAGAGACUGGAAAAGACAGAGCCUUACUUCAUUGGGAUGUUCUGCUUUGAAGCUGGGAUUAAAGUGGUGGCAUUGGGAUUUGUAUUCCAUAAAGGCUCCUACCUGAGAAACGGCUGGAACGUCAUGGAUUUCAUUGUGGUUCUGAGUGGGAUUCUGGCCACAGCGGGAGCUCACAUGAACAUCCCAGUGGACCUGCGGACCCUGAGGGGUCGUGUGCUCAGACCCCUCAAACUGGGCUCUGGAAUCCCCAGCCUGCAGAUAGUCCUGAAAUCCAUCAUGAAAGCCAUGGUGCCGCUGCUCCAGAUUGGCCUGUUGCUCUUCUUCGCCAUUCUCAUGUUUGCCAUCAUCGGCCUGGAGUUCUACAGCGGGAAGCUCCACAACACCUGUCUGCCCAUGCCCAAUAUCCUAGAGAAUGAGACGGUGGACAAGUCUGAGUCAGAGUUCCCGUGUGGGGUAAGGAAGUGCCCUGACAAGUACACCUGCCAUGACACCUGGAUCGGCCCCAACGACGGCAUCACCCAGUUUGACAACAUCCUGUUUGCUGUGCUCACUGUCUUCCAGUGCAUCACCAUGGAAGGCUGGACCACCGUGCUCUACAACACCAACGAUGCUUUAGGCCCCACGUGGAACUGCAUGUACUUCAUCCCUCUGAUAAUCAUUGGCUCCUUCUUCGUGUUGAACCUGGUAUUGGGAGUGCUCUCAGGAGAGUUUGCCAAAGAGAGGGAGCGGGUUGAGAACCGCAGGGCGUUCAUGAAGUUGCGGAGGCAACAGCAGAUUGAGAGGGAACUCAAUGGCUACCGGGCCUGGAUCAACAAAGCAGAGGAGGUGAUGCUUGCAGAGGAUAAUAAGAAUUCAGGACCGUCUGCUCUUGAUGGUAAGACUGGAAAGAUGGCCCGAUUUGGUUAUAUUGUCUUGCUGAAGAGGGCCACAAUCAAGAGGAGAGGACUGGACCAGCAGUAUGGUGACAUCGCUUCUGUGGGCAUCCCGAUGACCAGAGCCAGCAUCAGGAGUGCUAAGAGAGGACCCACGGCUUAUUUGAAGCGUAAGGAGCGUCUGCUGCGGAUCUCUAUCCGCCGCAUGGUGAAGACACACAUCUUCUACUGGACCGUACUGGGCCUGGUGGCCCUCAACACACUCUGUGUUGCCAUCGUCCAUCACAACCAACCCCACUGGCUGUCUGUGUUCCUCUACUAUGCAGAGUUCCUCUUUCUGGGUCUGUUUCUCACUGAAAUGUGUUUAAAGAUGUACAGCCUGGGACCCAGACUCUACUUCCACUCCGCCUUCAAUCGCUUCGACUGCGGGGUGAUAGUGGGAAGCAUAUUUGAGGUGAUGUGGGGAUUCUUCAGGCCUGGCAUGUCCUUUGGCAUCAGUGUGCUGCGUGCGCUCCGUCUGCUGAGGAUAUUCAAGAUCACCAAGUACUGGGCGUCGCUGAGGAACCUGGUGGUAUCCCUGAUGAAUUCUAUGAAAUCAAUCAUCAGCCUCAUUUUCCUCCUCUUCCUCUUCAUCCUGGUCUUUGCUCUGCUGGGCAUGCAGCUCUUUGGUGGCAGGUUCAUCUUUGAAGACUACACUCCUACAAACUUUGAUACUUUUCCUGCAGCCAUCAUGACUGUAUUUCAGAUCCUGACAGGAGAAGACUGGAAUGAGGUGAUGUACAAUGGGAUCCGCUCCCAGGGAGGAGUGAAGUCAGGAAUGUGGUCCUCCAUAUACUUCAUUGUACUCACACUCUUUGGCAACUACACGCUGUUGAAUGUUUUCUUGGCGAUCGCUGUGGACAAUCUGGCCAAUGCCCAGGAACUAACCAAGGAUGAAGAGGACGAAGAGGCUGCUUUCAAUCAGAAACAUGCUCUCCAGAAAGCAAAGGAAGUAGGGGCCAUGUCUUCCCUGAUGUCAUCAGAGAGGAGGAGACCCUACCUGUAUAGGAAAAGAGCGAUACACAGGAGCCGGCCUGCCUACUCUCUGGAGGAGGCUGAGAGCCUCGCCGAGGGGCCCCCAUGCCCGCCACUGAAUUCCUCUAACUCUUUCAUGUCCAGGAGGGAGAGGAGUAGACGGAUGACCAUGUCUGUGUGGGAGCAGAGAACCAGCCAACUGCGCAGGCACCGGCAGAUGUCCAGCCGAGAGAUCCUCUUCAGCAACCCCAGUGAGGAGCAGGAAGCGCCCCCUGGCUGUCCACACCACCUCAAAGCAACAGGCACACCCACAGGCAGCCUGAAGCUGGCUGAUCCCACAGCUGACCCUAAGGCCUUCACAGCUAAGCCCCCAAAGCCCAUGGAGAUGCCCCUAGAGGAACCAGCCCUGUCCAUGGGUGUCCCUGAGCUCCACUUAUCCAGCCCUUUACCAGAGCCACCCGAUCCCACUGACACGCCCCUGCCUGACCCCCCCACGUMCACAGCUGUGUUCAUACCGGAGCCUACAGAAUCUGAGCCAUGCCCAGAGGGCAAGCGUGGCAUCCCCAACCACUGCCACCAAGGCCUCAAUGGCCGCAGGAGCCCCUGGUUGAAUGGGGAGAGAAGGCAGAGAGCGGUGCGUAAGUUCCGCCCUCCUGCUGGUGACACCCUGACCACUGACAUGGAAGGCAUGAGGCUCAGGAGGCCACAGGGCACAGGGCACUGUGAGGCCCAGGCUGGGGCCAGAGGCCUGGACUCACCUCAGGCGGAGGGCAGCAGUCGCUCUGUCAGCAUGGAGAGGAAGACCCCAGAGGACCCAGUGGAGGAGGUGAGGAAAGACGGUAACGARGGAGAAACCAGGCAGCCUUCCGAGACCAGGGAGGCUGAACACAGACAGAGGGAACAUGAUCAGACUGGGGGUCCUGAGCUGCAGAACAGGGAGGAGGGUCUACUGUCAGAUCCACCCACCCUGCAGCCAUCUCAGGCUGCAGUACUGGCGCUACCAGAGGGCCCCACAGGAGACAGUGAGACCGAUAGCAACGCCACCACUCUGAACCAGUCCCCUCUGAGCUCCAGUGUUGUCAUCGAGGUGACCGAUGUCCAGUUGUCACUAGAGCUCACCCCCAUCACAGGCAACAGUAAAGACGUGGAGGCGUCCAAGCCUGAGAAGGACGAGGAAGAGGUGGCCAGCCCAGUCAAUACUGUCACACCUGACAGUAUGUUCAUCUUCAAACCUGACAACCUGAUCCGCCGGGCCUGUCACUAUGUCGUGAACCUGCGUUACUUUGAGAUGUGCAUCCUGCUGGUGAUCGCUGCCAGCAGUAUCGCCCUCGCUGCAGAGGACCCCGUUUCAGCCACCUCCGACUGGAACAAAGUAAGAGCCAGUCUGGUCACUGGGCUUUACAUGGACUCAACAGAUGGCUGUUUUCCUCUCUGA